GCGAACUAAAGCCUCUCAGAGCGGUUAGGAGCGCAAUCACAUCAAAUUAACUUUGACAGCGAUAUCACGGGACACGUUGUAGUCAAGGGAUAUGAGCUUUUGACUUGCAAUCCGCUCUCCCAGUCGACUGCAGUGUUUUCACGUCGUUCCUCCUAAUGUGAGCCGUGUAUAUACUGACAACGGACGAGAGGGGGCAGGCGAUAGAUUUGUGAUCUUCCACACGAGUUUCCAGCCUCAUUGCGCCGAGGGGGAUAACUUCAGUAAGACGGCCAUCCCCUGUCAGACUCCACCUCUUACGGCACCAUCCUGGCCUUGUGUCUUCAGCCGCGUCUUAUGGAUCAGAAUCCGCCGCCUUUUGGUGAAGUCAACCAGCUAGGGGGCGUGUUUGUCAACGGGAGACCACUUCCCAACGCCAUCAGGUUACGUAUCGUGGAGCUGGCGCAGCUUGGCGUCAGACCAUGUGACAUCAGCAGGCAGUUACGAGUCUCUCAUGGCUGCGUCAGUAAAAUUCUCGCGAGAUACAACGAGACUGGUUCCAUACUUCCUGGUGCAAUAGGGGGCAGCAAGCCAAGAGUGACCACACCCAAUGUCGUGAAGCACAUCAAAGUGUACAAAGAACGGGACCCAGGAAUUUUCGCAUGGGAAAUACGAGACAAACUUUUAGCUGAUGGCGUUUGUGAUAAAUAUAAUGUUCCUUCAGUGAGUUCCAUCAGUCGAAUAUUAAGGAAUAAAAUUGGAGGGCUACAAAGCCCUACCAGCACUGCACCCCAGUUUGACGCCAAGCCUAAUAUCAGCAUAGGACCUGACCCGAGGUCUUUUUACAACACUGCAACAUUCUAUCCCUACACGUGCCCUGCACCAAUGCAGAACGUCGGCGUCAACGUCAGUAUGGCCCACCAGGUGUCUCCAACGUCACUGUCACCGACCCAGGCACCCAAUCACGUCAACGUUAACGUCAACGCGACGCCGUUUCCAAUGACUACCGCUAAGCAGCCGCCGUGCAUGGCGUCUAUUCCACCGAGCUGGUCUCACGCUCACACACAUUCCGUCAGUAAUCUACUUGGAUUCCGCUCUCCUCAUGGCGUAGCUAAUGUGGCGCCAUCUGUGAAUGUCAAUCCGAGUUGUGACAUGGCAAAGGGUGCCACUCAAAGCUAUAAUUAUUAUGCGCCCGUGACUCCCAUGUAUUUGCAAAGCUGAUGACUGCACGUUGAGGCUUUUUGACAUCGAUUAAAUCUUGCUUCACAUCUUUGCUGUCAGUAUCAUCAUCCAAAUAUUUGAUGUCAGUUUCAGUUCUAGUUUUUAUCUUAUGAAGAUAGAAAUACAGUCCAGAUACAGGAAACAUCCAUGUGACGUCAUAUUAUUCGCCCAAAUGAUAGCCAAUGGAGUACUGUGACACUGUGACGUUGAACUGGAAACCGUGCGAUGAAGAGUGUGACGUAUUGAUGACGUCAGAAAGUGGGGUUUUACUUUUACAUGAAUGUGUACUUUGACACUGGGAUAUAACAUGAAGAUUGCAAGACUGCUCAAGGCAGGUAGUGAAAUGGUGCUAAGAUUGCUAGAUACUCCUCAACAAAGGUAGUUUGAAUAAUAAUAAUAUAUCAUUCUCAUGCGUUAUUUAUAAUGUUUUUGAUGCGUUUAUGAUAUGUUUACUGGUAUCACAGUAUACUAUUUUUUAAUAUCUGGUUAAGGUAUUUAGAUUAUUAGACUGCUGUCUUAUUAUAUGGUUAGAGUUUUUCUUCUGUGUUACUUCAGCGUUCAGCGCGAGCUUCGAGUCUGGCCAACUUGUGUUUAUUUCUAAAUGAAGCUGCUAAAUGUUUCUUGUUCUGCUCGGAAUUGAAAGUCAGGGUGGUCUUUCAUCCUAAACUGAAGUUAUCUGCUUGAUGAUACACAUCUUGCUUUAACCUUACUGUUAGAUAAGAUAUUUUGUUGCUGGUUAAACUGGUCUAUUUCACUUGGAAAGCUCCUUUUUUGUGUAAUCCGUCCGUAUUUUUUUAUUUAUGUCGAACACAUCGAUUACGUUAAUCUAAACAUGUCACUGGACAGACUGUUUCACUGCUUCUAAUAUAUUGUUUAUUUUGACAAAUGGUUUUUAAUAAAAGUAAAAUGGAAUAAGUAUUAAAGAUAUUUAUUAGUUUUAGGUGCUAUCCAGAAAUGUUUUGCAGUUUACUUAUAUUGGUAUCAAAAUUCAAUAUGCAUAUAGUUGCUGAAAGUGGUAAGGGCAUUUUUUAAAAUGCACAAUAGUUUUUAUGGGGCCAGUGCCAAAUAUAUAUGAGUGCAAUUAGACUGUUUUGCCCGUCUGGUCUUUUCAUUUUUGUGUCCUUAUUCAUUUAUUUAUGCAUCGAAUUUAUUGUAUCAAAAGAACAGUUAUUUCACUUAACCACUUCUAACUGAAUCAUGUUUGGUAUAUAGAAAUUGCCUCAGGUUUUGUUACAAUAUUAGAACAUUCAUGCAGCAUUUUCACUCCAGAACCGGGCUCAGCAGUUGAUUUUUGAUGUUUAUCGAACUUCUAUAUCCUAAGAGCAGUUUGGUUAAACAAGUAUUUGACACUGCAACUUACAUAGAAAGCAUUGUGACUACUUGUUUGUAGACGUUUAUAGCUUUGACUCAACAGAUUUGGCAUUUAUAUUGGCGUAAUGUUGACAUACAUGUGAGAGUAAAAAAGACACGGACACGGAGUUAGUCACAGUGUCACGGCAGCGAGAAAUUUGGACCACGAUUAUUGUACUGGGGUAUAUGGUGGAUGGUAAAAACGUCCCAGGAGGCACGCUGAACCCACUCUGAUGUUUUAUAGACAAUCGGUUGAGCCAGAACGAAGGGGUGAAUGAUUUUGCGUUCUUGGUGCAUAUGCAGCGUUCCUAACUGACAUAUUUCACGCCACGUUGUCUCCUCAAAGAUUGGUUUUGUAAAGAAAGAAUGACCAGCGUGAACAGUGCUAAUUUGAAGAGAAAACUGAGUUGGAUUUUGCAAACUUUUUGGGUUUUAACAGACUAAUACUCUCUGACCGUCUGCCUCGAACUUUGAUGCCUGCGUUGAAAGCAGCUAAUUCCUCAAAAUGCUUUACAUUUUUUAUGCCUUUUUCUUUUUUUACAGAUAUUUUGGGAUACUUUUUGUACCCUUUCAAGAAAGCACAAAGUUAAACUGUAUUCAAACAAUGUCUGAAGUUUUCCAUCGCACAAUGUCGUCAUGUUUGCCAUCAAUUUUCCAUUAUGAGAUUUUUUAAGAGGCGGCGGGGCAGCGAGGUAAAGUGAACCCCGGACACACUGAGUGCCGUCAGCGCAGUAACAUUUUUCUUAGUUUAGUUAUUUCAAACUGUGUGCUGUAGGAUAUCUUGUUCAGUGCUUGUAAUUCCAUGUUGAUCCUUACACGACGACGUUUACUCUUUGUA